AGCUCAAUGAGUAACAGAAAUAAGAUCGCCAGAGCGAACACACUCUAUCAUCGUUCAUCUAAAAAUAUACCUCAGCGUUAUUUUGAUCAUUCAUGUUUCUGUUCCUUUCAGUUUUGUUCGUAAAUACACCAACUGUUGGGAAGUGAUUUGAGUGUAUUAAAAUAUAAUAUUACUUAUUUACUUUUUAUAACGGCAUCGGCAUAGCCUGUUCCAUAAUUAUAUAUUAUGACUAAAGUCUAGCUAGGCGCUGAUAAAGUCCAAGGACAAUGUCGAGAUACAAACAACCAAAACCGCUUGAAAGCUUAGCUUUGAGCAGGCUUGGUGACUGGAUUGCAGUACAGGCGGAGCUUCUCAUGGCGCCCAUUUCAGCACAAGCUCAGCGGGACACUACCAUUGCUCAAAUAUUACUAUCGCGUCACAUCGAUAGUAUUCGUAAUUACAUUGAUUACAACGUUCCAUGGAUGGUUCAUGAUUUGCUGGUAACUGAAGUUAUAAGAGCGCUGUCGACGCUGUUGGAAAACACUAAGAAGGCACACUUCCGAGGAUCUAUGGGAAAGUUUGUCAGUGAAAUGAAUGUCAUUGUGAGAAUGGUCGAGACUUUGUUUACAAGAAAUUUGACUUAUGUUUCUAUCGACAUCAUACCAAAAAUGAUGCGUAGCGUUUUCUAUUCAAAAUUACAAAUGCUCUCAGGUCUAGUUUACCUGAACCUGGGAUCCCUCUCUGGAGGCUGGAAAACAGCCGACAUGGAAGGAUCCAUUAUUGAAGCACUCAAACAACUUCAUAAUCUUAAAUACUUGACAAUAAACUACGAUUGUACCGAUAAUAUCUUGCAUUGCAUAAUACAAAAUUGUAAAAAAAUCGAAAAGUUGGAUGUGUCUAGUUCCAAAUGCGUGACAAAUGAAAGUAUUAACAUCUUGGCUAAGUUACUAACCCUGAAAACUAUACAACUAUACAGGACAUCUGUGACAUAUGAAGGCUUUGCAAGAUUACUCAUUAAGAGUAAAAAUCUUGAGGACAUUGGGCGCUGUGACGAUAUUGGUAAAGUUUUAGAAUACAUUGAUUUGACAACUUCUUCUGCUAGACCAUUAAAAUUGAAAACAUAUGUUAGUCGAUAUGCACCGGCAAACCACUUGCAGUUAGCAGUAGAUAUGUGUCCGGAUAUACGAAGCAUGACCGUCUUCCACAACGCUGUGCAUGGCGAUUUAAUGAUGCUCAUAGGUCUUAAGGACCUUUGUGAGCUUAAAUUACUGUCGUGUGAUUUCUACGGGGAUCAAGUUAAACAGAUACUUCAAGUUAAGGGCUGUAACAUCAUACAUCUACACCUUGAACACGUGGAUCAAAUAGAUUUAAACGCUUUAAUGUAUAUUAGCCAGAUGUGCCCUCUUCUAGAACAUUUAACUCUCUAUAAUUGUACGUUAAUACAACAUACGUCGUUAUAUACAAAAAAGUUAGAGUUAUUGCCAUUCCGAAAUCUAAAAAAGUUUACUUGUGUGGCAACUUGCAAUGACGAUCAAUUAUCUUUUGUUCUUGCUAAUUGCUUAAAUGUACAAUAUGUUCACUUAGGUACCGCCGUUAAUAUAACAGAUGAAUUUGUAUUUAAACUUUUAGAUAAAAAUCCCCUGAUUCAUUUAAAAGAAUUUCGGAUCAUGCAUUCCGAUUUUUUAACUAUAGUAUCGAUUGAAAGGAUUGUUCAGAGUUGUAUGAGCCUACGAAUACUAGUAGAGUUGGAAAGUUGGACUUCACUAACAGAGAGUGACCGAGAAUAUAUUAGAAAUUAUAUUAAAGUUAGUAAUUUCAAUAUCGACAUGGCUCCUAUUAGAAGAUAUGAGGUACUGAAUAACUAAGUUUACCUAGCCUAGCUAUAAAGGCUAACACAAAUUAGUUUUUUAAGUUAUUUAAAUACGUUUUUAUAUACUUAAGAAUAACGAAUAAUAAAUUCUAUAUAAUUGGACAUUUCUUUAAAACUCGAAAGUGAACAAAAAAAUAAACCAUGAUCCAAACUAGUUGAAAAUAGUCCGCACUAACCCCAAUGUCUCUUACAAGAGUUUUGCGAAUUUGACCUGAUGCCUACAAUAAAUUGUAUACCUAGCUGUUAGUUUACUUGAAUUUUUAUUUUUUUUUAUUGCUUAGGUUCUCCUCUGGAGAUGCUGAACCCGAAUAUAGUUAUCAGCCCCAGACCCCAGAAGAGGUCCGUAGUCAACUAGAAACCCUUAGUUUCGAUAUGUACUCGAUCUGUCUGUCUUGAGUGUCUGUACAUUAAGUAUUCUGUAAGUUUCUCAAUCACCAGUACCCGUAUUACUGACAGUGUCAAAACUGACAUAUACGCUAUGUCUACGUAAUUAACUUUCUAUACAUCUCGCUCGCACUCAUAUACGAGUACGAGCGAGAUGCAUAGAAAGUAAGUUACGUUCUCGAUAGCGAUUAUGUCACUGCCAAACUGGUGGUAGCCAACUAGGGCAUAUGCGUAAAUAAAAAGUAAGGAAAACCUCCCAUACACGUAAAGUUUUGUUUUUCGCUUGAACCCACGUAACGUAACUCGCUCGUAAUCGCUUGAACCAUCUUGAACGUAAAGCCCAAUUAGAAUGUUCACACAAUUUCAAUCUGAUUACUUGAUUAGAAGCUUUGAUAAACUAAAAAUUAAAGUAGCACUUCUUUUAUUUCAGUUCUUUCUCAAAUAAAAUAAAUUCAACCCAAUUUGCUAUAUAACAAGGUUGAACCUUGUUACACUUAUAACCUUGUUAUACUUAAAGCAAAUUGGGUUAAUAAAAAAUAAUAGCGCGACGAAAUCGCGGAGUGAGCCACGCCUGGUAUAUGACUAUUAAUGGAAUUCUAUUUUAACAUUACUGGAUGUUCAGAUUGCACUGAAAAAAAAAAAGCUUUUAAAACUUAUACAGCAAUAUUCAUAUACGAUGCAGAUCCGCAUGCCGCCCUAGUGUUUUCAAAUGGGACAUUGCUACGUACGUAUGGGCAUCGGCUAUAGUGCUAACUUACACCCUGGAGUGGCUUGCGAACCCGUAUCAGUGUGUUAACUGUGUAAUAGUCUUUACUGAGUGUUAAGCAUUUUGAAAUCAUUUAAAAACCGUAAGAUGUUUUCAGUUAUAUUGAUCAAAAUCCAUUACAUUUGUAACCAUUACACAUUGAAUGAAAAUACGACUAGAUAUAUCAUAACUUAACAUCAUUACUAUCUCCUUCUGAUGUCAAGUUAGGUAUAAGAGCAAACAUGUACACCGGAUAUAUACCAUUUGGAAAA